AUGGAGUGUAUAUGGUUCUCUAACGUUGUAUCUGUUGUCCCUCGUGGUGGCUUUGUAGUUUUACUCCUUUUACUACUCUCUUGCUCCACAUUCACUUCUACAGAAGCCUAUGAUGCGCUUGAUCCAACUGGCAAUAUAACAAUGAAAUGGGAUGUCAUUAGCUGGACCCCAGAUGGCUAUGUUGCUGUUGUUACAAUGUUCAACUUUCAACAGUAUCGCCAUAUUCAGGCUCCUGGAUGGUCAUUACAGUGGACAUGGGCUAAAAAGGAAGUGAUUUGGAACAUGAUGGGAGCACAAACCACAGAACAAGGAGAUUGCUCAAAGUUCAAAGCAGGAAUCCCACAUUGUUGUAAGAAGGACCCAACAGUAGUGGAUUUACUGCCAGGAACUCCUUACAAUCAGCAAAUUGCAAAUUGUUGCAAAGGGGGAGUCUUAAAUUCAUGGGCUCAGGAUCCAAGCACUGCAGUAAGUUCUUUUCAGAUUAGUGUUGGUUCUGCUGGAACAACUAACAAAACUGUCAAACUGCCAAAAAAUUUCACACUCAAAGCACCAGGACCUGGUUAUACUUGUGGCCCUGCAAAAAUUGUGAGACCAACUAAAUUUAUUACCACUGACAAGAGGAGAACCACCCAAGCCUUGAUGACCUGGAAUAUUACCUGCACUUAUUCUCAAUUCCUGGCUCAAAAGUCACCAAGUUGUUGUGUUUCCCUCUCUUCCUUCUACAAUGAGACAAUAGUAAACUGCCCAACCUGCACCUGUGGCUGCCAAAACAAAACAGAACCCAACAGUUGUGUAAAUCCAGAUUCCCCACAUUUAGCUUCAGUUGUUUCAUCGUCAGGCAAGGCUAUAAAUACACCUCUAGUCCAGUGUACUAGCCAUAUGUGUCCUAUUCGAGUGCAUUGGCAUGUGAAGCUCAAUUAUAAAGAGUACUGGAGGAUCAAGAUCACAAUCACAAAUUUCAAUUACAGAAUGAACUACACACAAUGGAAUCUUGUUGUCCAGCACCCCAAUUUUGAUAAUCUUACCGAGAUUUUCAGCUUUUAUUACAAGUCACUGACACCCUAUGAGGGAUUAAAUGAUACAGGUAUGUUAUGGGGAGUCAAAUUCUACAAUGAUUUUCUUUCUUCAGCUGGAUCCCUUGGUAAUGUGCAGUCAGAACUCUUAUUUAAAAAGGACAAAUCAACCUUCACUUUUGAUAAAGGAUGGGCUUUCCCAAGAAGGGUUUAUUUCAAUGGGGAUAUGUGUGUUAUGCCUCCUCCUGAUGCCUACCCUUGGCUGCCAAAUGCAAGUUCAAAACUAGUUUUCUCUUUACUUAGUACAGUCAUAGCCACUUUAGCUUCUUUGUUAAUCUUAUUGAAUUAAUAUUAGAGAAUUA